GGUGCCCGGCCCGGCCCGGACCACGGUGUGAAGCGGCGGACGGGCAGGUGAGGAUGUCGAAGGUGAAGCAGGUGGGGCUGUUGGCUGCCGGCUGCCAGCCAUGGAACAAAGAUGUGUGUGUUGCCAGUGGAGACCGCUUUGCCUACUGUGCUACGCUGGCUAUCUACGUGUACCAGCUUGAUCACAGGUACAAUGAGUUCAAGCUCCACGCCAUCAUGUCUGAGCACAAGAAGACCAUCACGGCCAUCUCCUGGUGCCCCCACAGCCCCGACACCUUCGCCAGUGCCAGCGCCGAUAACCUGGUCAUCAUCUGGAACGUGGCUGAGCAGAAGGUGGUGGCCAGACUGGACAACACCAAAGGGAUUCCCGCCUCUCUCAGCUGGUGCUGGAACGCAGGGGAGGCGGUGGCCUUUGUGUCCCACCGUGGCCCUCUCUACAUCUGGACCAUCUCCGGACUGGACAGUGGCGUGGCCGUCCACAAGGAGGCGCACAGCUUCCUGUCUGACAUCUGCCUCCUGCGCUGGCACCCCAGGCAGAAGGGCAAGGUGGUGUUCGGCCACACCGACGGCAGCCUCUCCAUCUUCCAGCCCGGCACCAAGAACCAGAAGCACGUCCUGCGUCCGGAGUCCCUGGAGGGGACGGAUGAGGAGGACCCCAUCACGGCGCUGGAGUGGGACCCGCUGUCCAGCGACUACCUGCUGGUGGCCAACCUGCACAACGGCAUCCGCCUGGUCGACUCCCAGUCACUAUCCUGCAUCACCACCUUCUGCCUGCCCAGUGCUGCUGCCUCUGUACAGUGCCUGGCCUGGGUGCCCAGCGCUCCGGGAAUGUUCCUGACCGGAGAUUCCCAGGUGGGAGUGCUGCGCAUCUGGAACGUUUCCAGGACAACACCGAUCGACAACUUCAAGCUGAAGAAGACGGGCUUCCACGCCCUGCACGUGCUCAGCUCAUCACCAAAGCAAUCGUGUUACUCUGCUCAUUCGCCGUCCCGGAGCCAGCACACGUCAUCGACCAGCGAGGCCAUUCCUCCCCCCACCCUCUCCCAGAACCAAGCCUUCUCCCUGCCCCCGGGCCACGCCGUUUGUUGCUUUAUGGAUGGAGGUGUCGGCCUGUACGACAUGGGAGCCAAGAAGUGGACCUUCCUCAGGGACUUGGGUCACGUGGAAACCAUCUUCGACUGUAAGUUUAAACCAGAUGACCCCAAUCUUCUGGCCACCGCAUCAUUUGAUGGAACGAUUAAAGUGUGGGAUGUCAACACCCUGACAGCAGUCUACACGUCCCCUGGUAAUGAGGGAGUCAUCUACUCCCUGUCUUGGGCUCCAGGGGACCUGAACUGUAUCGCAGGGGCGACCUCUCGUAACGGAGCCUUCAUCUGGGACGUGGUCAAAGGGAAGACCAUUGCUCGCUUCAAUGAGCAUGGGAAAAAUGGCAUCUUCUGCAUUGCUUGGAGCCACAAAGACUCGAAGAGGAUUGCGACGUGCAGUGGAGACGGCUUCUGCAUUAUUCGGACUAUCGAUGGGAAGGUUCUGCACAAAUACAAACACCCAGCGGCAGUCUUCGGAUGUGACUGGAGCCAGAACAAUAAAGAUAUGAUUGCCACCGGCUGUGAAGACAAGAAUGUUCGUGUUUACUACUUGGCCACCAGUUCGGACCAGCCCUUGAAGGUCUUCACAGGACACACGGCCAAGGUGUUCCACGUCAGGUGGUCACCGCUGAGGGAGGGCAUUCUCUGCAGCGGUUCCGAUGACAGCACGGUGCGGAUAUGGGACUACACGCAGGAUGCCUGCAUCAACAUCCUGAGUGGACACAAGGCACCAGUGCGGGGUCUACUGUGGAACCCGGAGGUCCCGUACCUCCUGAUCUCGGGAAGCUGGGACUACACGAUCCGUGUGUGGGACACCAGGGAUGGAACCUGCCUGGACACGGCGUACGAUCACGGUGCUGACGUCUACGGUAAGGCAAUGCCGGCCGUUCACAACCCGCGUCACCGCAUCAAUGCAGCGCCACACACCCGGGCUCCAUCCCGACUACACCUGCUGUCUGUACGGAGUUUGCACGUUCCGCCCGUGACCUGAGUGGGUUUUCUCCUGGAGCUCCGGUUUCCUUCCCCACUCCAAAAACGUGCAGGUUUGUCAAUUGAU